AUGAGUGCAGCACGGCCUGAGACACCAUCAACGUGUGAACUUACACGAAGCCUAAACGAUCUAGCUGAACAAACUCGAUUGUCGUUGCAUAAAAUCGAAAAAAGUCGUCAGAAGGCACUCAAAAAGGCUGAGGAAAGUCAACUUGAUCACAUCAACGAACGUUACGAUCAAUUAAUGCAACUUAACGAACGCGUUCAAAAGCGCUUGUCAGUAGAAGCUUGCCAGACUUACAUCGAUUUGCAUUCACAGGACACGGAUGAAGUUAUUGCCACAGAACAAAUGAUCAAAUCUAUUUCUGACGAUAUUUGGCAGUUACGAUGGAACACUUCAUCGAAAAUACUGAGAGUAUCAUCAAUAGAAGCAGCAAACGAUGAUGUCGAAAAGCAUGUUGGUUUCUCUCCAUUGUUUGAACAUGCAGCAACAGAUACAUUGAAAACAAAAGAUAAAUGGGUUGGUGGAUGGGCAGAACAAGCAGCUUUGGCAAGUAAGGCAACAAAUGCUAAUAAUACUCAACAGUCAAAAUCGAAAAGACUUCUGAGAGUCGAGCCUUGUGAAAAACUUAUUAACUUGUUCUCAUCAGGUGCACAUCCCAACGAUGUGAAGAGUUAUCUAAAGAAUUUUUUCGUGUUAACAAAGAAAAAGGGUAUCGAUCCGGAGCAAAUUGCUGUUCUUGUCUUGUCUUUUAUCGAAUCCGUUGACAAAAACGAAUGUCAAAUGGACACAUUACAAUAUAUGAAUAUCAUUCAAUAUUGGACUAAAAAGCAUCCUGAUGGCGAAUUCAUGGUUAUCGUUGGUAUUCAAGUAUUCGUUGCCUUUCAAACAUAUAUCAAAGCUGACAAAAACACAGUCAAUAUAUUUUCACAUCUAUUAACGUAUUUUAAACAAAACCAAUGUUUAAAUAAUGAAAGUAUUCAGCAAUGGUAUCGAAAGGGUACACAUGGUAGAAACUACGUGGGUUACCGAGUAGCUCGUGAUAUGGCAUCAAAGUAUGCCGCUGAACAUUUCGAACUCUAA